AAAUUAUAGUUCAUCUGUUUUAUACCGUUAAAAUUGCCUAUCUUUUUGAGUCACAUACCUAACACUACCGAUCUGACUGAUUCGAUAGAGUAUGCUUUCUAAAACAUUGUUUGAAAGAGAUUAAUCUAGGACUGGACAAGGCAAGCUUGUUAUAGGCCAAAAAAAACACUAAUUUGGUCAAUCCCAUCAGCAACACUGGCCAUCAUACUCCAAGUAACUUUUAUUUUAAGUUAACCACCAAAUCAACAUGAGCUUACCCAUUUUUUUUAAUACUAAACACGAGUCAAAAGCAAGCAAAAGGGUGACAGAAAUUGUCAAAUGAUCAUAAGUGCUACUGAUGAUUAAGAUUAGCCAGUUAGUGAUGAUUUGGGUUGACACUGAUCAAUGCGCCUUAUAUUAAACAAAGUUAAUUAAUCACUUCAACUUUGAUGAUGCAUGUGGUGGACUAGUAUAGCUUGGCAAAGUAGCAGAGCCAGGGAUUUUUAGGGUGUUUCGGGAUGCUGCUAAAAUUUAGAGAAAAUCUUAUUGACCUUCGAAUAGUAUUGUUUUGAUUGUUUCGAGUUUGAAAAAAAGAGAGCAAAAUAUGUGAAUUUUACUAAUUUGAACUCAUAACCCUACAUUUAUUAUAGAACUUGUUAUAGAUUACAAGAAACAAUCUUUUGUUGGGCUUAAGAUGUUAAUUUUUUUUAUGUAAAUUGAGACGGAGAAUUCUUAGCUCCAACCUAAGUUGAACGCAGAAACUCCAAUCAUCCACAUGUCAAUUUCUUAUUAGUAAGUUCAUCUUUAUUUUUUAUAUUUUAAGGGUUUAUUUAAUUAGCAUAAUUAAUAACGUUAAAUAUUAACAAAAAAAGGAAGAUGGUUGGAGCUUCUGCCUAAGAAUUUUCCAAUUGAGACACCCCGCAAUCAUACCGGAACCAAUAAUAAAAACAACAAGAUAAUCUACUCCCUUCUUCAAUCAAAUGGGUGAUAAGUUCGUAAUCAAUUGUCUAAUCGGAUAUAUUAGAUGUAUUUUCCUUGUGUAAAAUUUAUUGUUCUGCCGUGGGCUUGGCCUAUCACAAACGGAGACAAGAACUGCAGUAGCAAUAUGGAGGUAUACGUACCAACCCAUUCUGUUCUUUACCAAUUCCCCUCAACAGCAAGACAUGCAUGUUUCCCAAAAUUAGAAUCCAAAUGAAAGGCACGUUUUGGACAGGAAGAGAUGAGCCAAUUUUCUGCAGUUUAUGUCAACCCAUAACUUGGUGUUUACUGGUUUUGGACUUUGGAUGCUUUGAUCUCUGCAUCCAGACAUAAGGACAUGAAUUCAUGCACCCCUUUGGUCAGCUUCUGUCGUACAUUAUAGGUGUGGCAAUCACUUGCCACAAUGUACGGGUCGGAUCCGGGACUUAAGUCAGUAUUAGAUUCCGUCAGGCUGUGUUUUUUGCGUUAGCAUUAAUCGAGCAAGUUUGAUCGGAGAUUUAGUAUGGGUUCCCCGUCUUACUAUGUGUUUUUGUGUACCGUUAAUCAAGCAAAGAUUCGGAGAGAUCUAGAAAAAAAAAUAAUACACAAAUCAUCGGUAGGUUAAACUCGUAUUCGGAAUGACAGUUCUCUGAAAGUGUGAUGAAAUGAAACCCCUCGUGAGGUUUUAUGCAGCAAAGUGUCAAUAACUGAUAUAUGAUCAAUAAUUGAACAUCUCCUAAUAACUCGACUGGUUCUUUACAUGAUAUCAGAGUCUUCUGUUACCCAAAUGUCUUUUGUUCAAAUCCCGACGGCUCCAUUUCUUAAGCGCAUGGUAUUCAAACAUGUGCUGAUUUCAAAUUUAUAUUUGAUGCUUUUGUUUGAGAAGGUAUUUUAGUAACGGAUAUACGAUAUAUAAUUGAAUCUCCCAACAAUCCCAAUUAUUGGGAUCGACUCGUCAUUUAAAAAAAAAUAGUUAUUUUCACCAUAAAUAUGAAUAUGUAACACCAACAUCUCUCGCUCAGAGAGCGAUGGCAUAUCAAAGGUAAGAUAGUCUAACGGUAAAGCUGUCGCAACAGUAAAGGAUUGAGAGUUGCAUAUCCCAGGUUCGAAUUCAAGCGAGACUCGUUGGUGUUCCCGGAGGUACAAGAUUGCUGGGGAGCGAAGCCCCGUUUGCGUCGAAUUUGAUUGUCGGGAAGAUAUAAGGCAAUAAGACAAAUGAAUUUGGGAGGGAUGGGGUGCAGGAAAGUGCAGAGAACAGAGUGGGGACUGCAAGAUACAUAGUGUUUGGUUCCUGAGAGAAGAUAAGGAGAUGGAAAGUGAAAGAAAGUGAAUUAAUGGAGUGGAGGCAAGGGCAACUAGAAGUUCUAUCAUCUCCUUUUGGAAUUCGGAAUUCCAUAAUAAUAUAAUUAGUAAGAAAGUAAAAUAUGAAAUGAAUGUUUCCUCUGCAGAUAACAAGGCAUGUCAAAUGUGACGGUGGUUGAGGGCACAUUACCGGAUGGUGCCAUUCCCAUUUGGCCGAUCGAGUUCCACUUAAACUAAUCAUAAAACUCUCCAUCCAAUAGAGCAAGAUGAUAGGGUUGUGCAAUGGGUUGGUUAGUACCAGAUCGUACCGGAGCAAAUUGAUGUUUGGACGUAGAUUAUACUGAAGCGAAUAUAACGGGGUUCAAUCUUUGAGCUCGUGAAUUUUAUAAAUAUUGAAGAAAACUGAUUGAACUGACAGUAGGACCGGACCAAACCAGACUAAAUGCACUGUUGGUUCGAUCCUUGAUCUUACAAUGUCUUUCACUAAUGGAUCGUGGUUCUCAUGAGUUUGAUCCAGUUCAAACUAGACCGAAACGUUGCACACUCUAGAUGUGAUAGCAACUCGUUUGUUAGGCGGCCUUGGGUGUUUUCUUUGGUUUUCUAUGUUACGUAUUGUGCUUGUGUGGGUAUUGGGCUUAGGGGAUAUUGUUGGGUUAAUUAGUAUUUAGACUUAGUUUUUGGGAGCUAAGUCUCCGUUUAUAUGUUGGGAUAGGAGAGGGCCAAGAGGCCUAGGGAAGUAGUAGGGGUCGGAUAGGGUUGAUGGUUUAGGUAUUAGGUUUAGUCGUCUAUAUAUUGUAAUCAAGGCAUUAGUCGGAGAAUCAAUCAAAUAAUAAACCUAAAACAGUCUUUCGACACUUUACGUCGUUCUCUCGCUUGUGAGCUACAAGCAAACCCUAACCCGAUAGCAACGUGUUGCUAUCAAUUGGUAUCAGAGCCUGGUUCGAAAGAACCGAGCUCUAAACAGCUCCCAGGGAAGACAUCGACAACGCCUGGUUGUGCUCGACAUCAGAGCAUGGUCUUCAACGUGGAGGCCUGUUGCGCCAUGGUAGAACAGAUGACUGCAACCUGUCAGAACAUGGUGGCAAGGAUGGAUGCUUUGGAACAGUUGUUGGCGGGGUUUAUCCCCGAACGCGUGACCGUCAUCGACGGGAAGCGAAGCGACGACGACGUGGCCCGCGUCGACGCCAAUGAAGUCAGGGCAGCAGAGAAGAUGGAGAUCUCCGACAAUAACAUCGACGGGAAGGAAACAGUGCGCAACGGCGAUUAUCACCUCUGCGAGGCUCUCACCCAACGAUCUGGAAGCGAUGGGAAGGAAACACUGCGCCGCGGUGAUUAUCACCUCGACGAGGCUCUUACCUAUCGAUUCCGAAGCUGCGAGAAGGUGGAAUCCGCAGUCAGGGUUCAGUCCAAGAGAAACAAAACUAUUGUUCUAAACGAACACUCGACGGGAUCGUUCGAAUGGACGCCAUCAUUGCAGCGUCUGGGGGUGGAACGUGUGGAAUUGGAUGACAUUCCAACCGAUGCGAGGACGGACAGAGUUCGGACAAGGAGGUGGAAGUUUCGGAAGCGACCGACGACUCAACGUCGCCGCAAAAGCUGUUGUUGCUUUCGACGACGACCACCGCGUCUCGUCAUGGACCGAACCUUGGAGACCAAGGUUCCUUAAGGGGGGAGGAAUGAUAGCAACUCGUUUGUUAGGCGGCCUUGGGUGUUUUCUUUGGUUUUCUAUGUUACGUAUUGUGCUUGUGUGGGUAUUGGGCUUAGGGGAUAUUGUUGGGUUAAUUAGUAUUUAGACUUAGUUUUUGGGAGCUAAGUCUCUGUUUAUGUGUUGGGAUAGGAGAGGGCCGAGAGGCCUAGGGAAGUAGUAGGGGUCGGCUAGGGUUGAUGGUUUAGGUAUUAGGUUUAGUCGUCUAUAUAUUGUAAUCAAGGCAUUAGUCGGAGAAUAAUCAAAUAAUAAACCUAAAACAGUCUUUCGACACUUUACGUCGUUUUCUCGCUUGUGAGCUACAAGCAAACCCUAACCCGAUAGCAACGUGUUGCUAUCAAGAUGCUACCAAAACCCUUGGCGAGGGAACGAGGCUGAGAGCAGGAGCGAAAUCGAGAGUGAGACUAAAGGGGUAAUCCCAAUGGUAGGAGGUGCUAAUAAAUCGGUUUCCUCUCUUACCAUGUGUUUUACAAAUGAGAUUGUGUAGAUUCGAAUACAAGACCUUUCCAUCAUCGAAAACUUUGAUACAAUGUCGUGAACAAAUCUAUCCCAAUAAU